AUGCAGGAUCCAAAUUAUCAAACAGAUUUAUUUGAUAUUGAGAAGAAGCUAAGAGGGAACCUGGAGAAAUGGGGAAUGAUAGAGGAGAGCAUUAUGAGACAGAAAUCAAGAACAAAAUGGUUGAAGCUUGGGGAUUCUAAUAGUGCCUAUUUCCAUGCUUGUAUGAAGAAUAGAAUUUCUACAAAUAAUAUUAAAGCCUUUGUGAAUCAGGAUGGUAAGCUGUUGCAGAAUGAUCAAGAGGUGGAGGAGGAAGUUGUGGGAUUCUAUGAAAAGCUUCUAGGGAAUGCUGCUGAACAAAUGCAAAUGAUCAAUCCAACAGUAAUGAAAAAUGGAACAAUCCUGACAAGAGAUCAACAGAUGAAGCUAAUUGAGCCAAUUUCCACAGAGGAGAUCUGUAAUGCAAUGAAUGACAUUGAUGACCACAAAGCCCCAGGAUGUGAUGGUUUCAAUGCAUGUUUCUUUAAGAAAGCAUGCUCAAUAGUAGGAGAAGAAAUAAUUCAAGCAACAAAAUAG